CGCCCAAUCACCGCCCGCCCACCCCCAAAACACGAUGCAGCCAUCAACGCCCGCAUCCACCGCCCAUCGACGAGAAUGGCUGCACCCGUGUCAGCAGCCAGGAAUAGGGCUUUAUAUGACCCUGGGCUCUGCCCGCCCCUGCUCGCUCACCUUGCCAACCCUCUUAAUUCUCCACCCGUUUUCAUUGACGUCGAGGGUCUGGUUUCCGGGACUUCGUUGUCUCUUUUUCAUCAUAGACUGAGGAUCCCGUUCCGAAGUCGUUACGCUCUUUUGUAUAGCAUCGUCUUAAUUCCUGUUGUUUUAUUGGGGUUCUCAGGCUCUCCUUUGGCUUUUCCCCGUCCGAUCGCUACCACAACCACAAUAUUCCUACAUAAAAGCAAGCUUGCGAUACAGCCGUCUUCACCAUGGCCGCCCACAGCAAGCCCGGCGGCAUCAUGAGCAUGCUACUCACCGCUUUCGUCCUCCUCCAGGCCGUCGUGGCCUUCCAGCACGGCGCCAACCACAACCACAAGCACGUAGCCCACCGCUCCGCAGACUCCAUGGAGAAGCAUUUCCAGGAAACACGGGCGUUGUUGGAGGAGCGCGCCAACAACAUUGCCAUCAAGGGUGCUCCGGAUGGCCAGUACCCGCGUCUGGAGAUCCGCGACCUGAAGAAGAAGACCGACCAGUGGAACCUGUACCUCUUGGCGAUGGAGAGGUUCAUGGCCAAGGACAAGAACGACCGCAUGUCCUACUACCAGAUUGCCGGUGUCCAUGGUCGUCCCUUCAUUACAUGGAACAACUUUGGCCCGCUGCUCAACAGCGCCGGUUUCUGCCCUCACGCCAACACCCUCUUCGGCCCCUGGCACAGGCCCUACCUCGCCGUAUACGAGCAAGCCGUGUACCAAUGCGCCAAGGAGGUCAUCGCCACCUUCCCGUCCUCGCAGCAGCAGCGCUGGAAUAAUGCUCUCGUCGGUCUCCGCGUCCCGUUCUUCGACUGGGCUAGAGAUCCCCCCUCUGGCGAGCCCGCCGUUCCUACCGCAAUCCGUGACCAGACUGUGACGGUUACCAAACCCAGCGGCCAGGUCUCGAUCAAGAACCCACUGUACUCGUACACCUGGGGCAACUCUCUUCCCAGCGAGAUGGGCUGGGGCCCGAAGAACGGCUUCCCGACCACGAUCCGCCGCCCCGUUGACAACCCAACGCGCAGCAACAACAACGAGAUGAAUGCUCUGUUUGGCCAGGCCCGCGUCGGCUGGCGCCAGCGCGUCUUCGCUCUCUUUGCCAGCAAGAAGUCCUGGGGCUACGCUUCUACGUCGCAAUAUGGCGUCCAGACCGCGCGCCGCAACUCCGACAGCUUCGAGGCCAUCCACGACGAGAUCCACGGCACUGCCGGCGGCACCGACGGCCACAUGUCGUACCUUGACGUCGCUGCCUUCGACCCCAUCUUCUGGCUGCACCACGUCAACGUCGACCGCCUCCUCGCCAUGUACCAGCUCAUCGUGCCCAACACCUACGUCGCCAACGGCAACAUCAACCGCCCCAUGGCGCAGUGGAACCAGGGCGAGGGCAAGAACGGCAAUUCCCCCCUGAAGCCCUUCACCAAGGACACGAGCGGCAACUACUUCACCUCCAACGACGUCAAGGAGACGCGUGCCCUCGGCUACUACUACCCGGAGACGUCGUCCAGGACGUACAAGCAGGUCGUCGACGCAGUGAACAACCUCUACCGCAAGUCUGGCGAGAGCACACUCACCCGCAAGCGCGCCGACGGCGAGUACAUCCCGAUCUACCCCGGCCGCGCCUUCAAGGACGGCGACUACGACACCGUUCUCUCCGUCGUCGGCGACAAGUACGCCAUGCCCGGCUCCUACCAGGUGCACUGCUUCCUCGGCAAGCCGUCGGACAACUCGACCACCAACGGCACCGCGCCCUACGUCAACGGCACCACCCCCGCGGCCCCCUCCUCCAACUCGUCCAGCUACUCAGCCCCAGGCGACUACGGCUUCCCAUCCAACUACGUCGGCUCGCACGCCUUCAUGGGUGGCUCCGUCGCCGGCGGCAACUCCAGCACGCCCGUCAUAGUCGAAGGCUGCAUCCCGCUAACCGCGGCACUCCAAGGCAAAGAAGCCUCCGGCGAGCUCGCCUCGCUGCACCCGGACGACGUCGAGCCCUACCUCAAGCAGCACCUGUACUACAAAGUGAUCGGGCCCAACGGUGCCGAGUUCGCCCCCGAGUCCAUCCCCAACUUCCACGUCAAGGUCAAGAGCUGCCCCGUCACGCCGGCGGGCGACGACGAGCUGCCGACCUUCGACGACUACGUCGAGCUGCCGCGCGUUAGUCUGCCUGCUAGCGCGCCCUGGACGUAUGUCCCGGGCCCGCUGGAUACGCUGCCGAGUGGCGUGCCUGGGUACGAAGUGCCGUCGCCGUCGGAGGGCGCGCCGGUUAGCUAUCCCACGGGCGCGGCGCCGAUGCCCUGGGAUGAGGAGGGGUAUUGUGUUAGCAGGCAGACGAUUGAGUAUGUGGAUCCGGCGGGGAAUAUGCUGUACUCGGAGGAGUCGUAAGUGUGGCUUCGUGCUAGGGAGGGGGUGGAGAGGCGAGGGUGUAAUUGUAUGGUGUGGAUGUUGAUAGAUGAAGAGACAAGGGGCGUGUGUGCAUUUUGAGUGUAUGUAUUGUACAUUGGGAUGCGCAUUUCUUCUGAACUGAACUGAACUGGACUUAGAACCCCGGGUCGAAUGUCUCAUAUCAUACCCUUAGGUUUAUGGGGAGGCUCGUUUUUCACAUGUACGGUACGGUAUGGUAUAUGGUAUUGCCAUAGCUAUUCUUAGGGCAUUACUCCGGCGUUGGUUGCAUACCAGGUGAUUCUAUCUUUCCCUUUGACUCCUUCGGUAAAACAUAUCUAAUCGCAUCGUUUUGUCUUCCAUCUGCUUCACUUCCCCCUCUCGCUCUAUAGCCUAGCAUCUCAAUCUCAACCGUGCUGCCCUGCCCGGCAUUCAACAACGAACGGACAGUUGGUGCAUUGAGUUAGGUAGACAAGUG